AUGGGUGAUGGCGGCAAUGAAACAGCUCCGUUAUGCUCUGAACACAGCCCAAGUCUUGCACUUUAUGAGGAAGAGUAUCAUACGCAGGGACAAAAAAUUGGCCAGAUGCUACGCUCUUUGUCACUGUAUAAUGCACUUAUGUCAAGCUCGUCUGAAAUUGAAUUUGCUCAGAAACCUCUUAAGAAGGCCCGAAUGGGCACAAUAAUGGGUGUGUAUCUUCCGUGUAUGCAAAAUAUUUUUGGUGUAUUGUUUUUUAUUCGAUUAACAUGGAUCAUAGGAACUGCGGGGAUUUUUCAAGCCUUCCUUGUCGUUUUCCUUUGCUGUAGUGUGACAUUUCUUACGUCAAUAUCAUUAUCCGCAAUAGCAACAAAUGGUGUAGUACCAGGUGGAGGACCUUAUUAUAUGAUUUCUCGUAAUCUUGGACCUGAACUUGGUGGUGCUGUUGGUAUACUUUUUUAUCUGGGUACUACGGUUGCUGCUUCUAUGUAUAUCACUGGUGCCGUUGAGAUAUUAAUCUUAUAUAUUGUUCCAAAAGCAAAAAUUUUCAACAAUAUUUACAACUGUUUCCGGGUUUUGGGUACUGUUUUGCUGCUUGUUCUGGGAUUAAUUGUUCUAGCUGGAGUGAAGGUUGUAAACAAAUUUGCUCUACCGGCUGUUCUUGUUGUUUUGGCUUGCAUAUUCUGCACUUUCUUUGGCGCGUUCAUUAAAUAUCAUGGAUCUAAUGACCUGAAGUUUUGCAUGUUGGGUGAUCGACCUGUUGAUUUGGUUUCAUUUGCCGAGAAGUAUAAAGUUGUGCCCAACUGCACCGUUGCUGGUCUGAAACCACUUUUUUGCCAGGUAGUCAAUGGUUCCGAUGGCUUGUUUUGUGACGCAUACUAUACGCGCAUGGCUGAAAUUAAGGAAUGGAAGAAUAACACAACAGCCAUUCGAGAAGAAAUCGCAAUACCAGGCAUUGCAAGUGGUGCAUUUUUUGAUAAUUUAUGGAGCAAAUAUCAGGAACCAGGAGAUGUACUCACCAAGGAGAAAACUCAGUCUAGAAAAUUUAGUGCAAAAGAUAAUCGAGGAUUUUAUAUUUAUAUACAACAAGCAACUUCGUUUAUGAUAUUAAUAGGUGUUUUUUUUCCAUCCGCUACGGGAAUAAUGGCUGGCUCAAAUCGUUCCGGAAAUUUGAAAGAUGCUUCACGUUCAAUACCUCUUGGUACCCUUGGAGCCCAAAUCACCACUACUAUUGUUUAUUUAAGUGGCGUAAUAAUAUUUGGAGCAUCUAUUUCGGAAAUGUUCAUUCGAGAUAAAUUUGGUCAGUCAGCAAUGAAUAAAUUAGUUAUUGCCGAACUCGCAGUACCUUAUCCAACAAUUGGAUGUUUUCUAUCUACAGUAGGUGCUGGAAUGCAAUCGUUGACUGGUGCACCGCGUCUUUUGCAGGCAAUUGCCAGUGACAAUGUUGUCCCAUUUCUUUCGCGAUUUAAGCAGAUGGAUUCCAGGGGUGAACCAAUACUUGCUAUUCUUCUCACUUUAUUUAUUUGUGAAUGCGGAAUAUUGAUUGCCGUAAUCGAAAAUAUUACUGCAUUGAUCACACAGUUCUUCCUGAUGUGCUAUUUGGGUGUUAACACAGCGUGUGCCUUACAAAGUAUUCUUCGGGCUCCUGGUUGGCGUCCUUCAUUUCGUUACUUCCAUUGGUCACUCUCACUGCUUGGUUCAUUUCUCUGCGUUGCUGUUAUGUUCAUAUCUGCUUGGCAUUUUGCUCUCAUUGCCAUUUUUAUUGGAGCUGCUGUUUAUAAAUACAUCGAAUAUGCUGGAGCGGAAAAGGAAUGGGGCGACGGAUUACGAGGUUUGAAACUUUCGGCUGCACGUUUUGCUCUUCUAAAUGUUGAAAAUCGUCCGCAUCACACAAAGAAUUGGAGACCUCAGCUACUUGUUAUUGCUCCUGAAUCCAAGGAAAGUGAGUAUGGAUUGUUUGCAUUUGUUUCUCAGUUGAAAGCCGGUAAAGGUCUUACCUUAAUUGCGAAGUGUAUUGAAGGCAAUUUCAUCAAGCAUGCGGAUGCUGUUGAAGAAGCACGAAAUGAAAUGGAUAAACAAAUCAAAUUACACAAAAUACAUGGAUUUUACGAUAUUCUAAUGGUAAAUAAUAUCAUUGAAGGAAUUUAUUGUCUUGUUCAGACAUCUGGCUUGGGUGGCUUAAGACAUAAUACAGUUGUGGUAGCCUGGCCCGAUGAAUGGGCAACAUCUCAUGAAAUCAAAGUUUGUCAGCGAUUUAUCAGUUCGUUGCGUGCAGCUGAUGCUGCGGAUUGUGCGAUAUUAGUCCCGAAAAAUGUGAAGAAAUUUCCGUCUUCACAAGAAAAACUACGCGGAUAUCUGGACGUUUGGUGGAUUGUACAUGAUGGUGGAUUACUAAUGCUUUUACCAUUUCUUCUAAAACAGGACAAAACUUGGCGAAACACUCGUUUGAGACUUUAUACCAUUGCUCACACGGAUGAUAACAGUUUCAAUAUGAAAAAAGACUUGGAAACAUUUUUAUACCACUUACGAAUCGAAGCUCAAGUUAUUGUUAUUGAAAUGCCUGAUUCGGAUAUUUCGGAAUAUACAUAUGAACGAACAAUGAAAAUGGAAGAAAGAGUACGACUAUUGAAAGAUAUGCAAGUGGGUGAACGAAAGCUGGAUGUUCAGUCAGCUGUUGUUGGAGCCGGUCGGGACAGAAAAUCAUCGCAUAUCAGUAAUGAGGAACUAACAUCACAAGUCAAGCAAUUAGAGUUGAAAACUGCUCGCAAAAUUAUUGAAAUCUUCCAGAUGUUGCAUGACAAUGACACGAAGAUGGAUGCGAUUAAGGUGCGCAAAAGUGGAUCACCAAAUUCUAGAGUUCCUGUUGAGGGGCGAUCGAGUAGUAAUACCAGUCAUGAUGAGUGCUUCAGUGUGAUGCGGAAAAGUUUUAACGUAAGAAAAAUGCAUACUGCUGUAAAGUUAAACGAACUGAUGCGAACAAAAAGUCCAGAUGCUCAAUUGGUUAUCGUUAAUUUGCCCGGACCACCAACACUAGGAAAUGGAGAGUACUAUAUGGAGUUUAUUGAAGCGUUAACGGAAGGUUUGCAAAGGAUUCUGCUUGUACGAGGCACGGGCACAGAAGUAGUUACAAUAUAUUCAUAAUA